GCAGGAAAUACACUGCUCACGGACGGACACGGUUGGCCGCAGAGCGCUGCGCUGUAAAUCGCCUUACCCCGGGAUCUCUCCGCGCACCCGGCCGGGACACACUCACGUGGAGCCGCCACUUCGAUUGGUGUACUAGUUGCUCAGGCCCAGCGCUCCUUACUCGGCUCAGCGAGCCAUGUGAGGGUUUGUGUGGAUCAGAGAGGGAGCAGCCCGGCCGGGUGGGUGAGCAUGUACCGGUGAAAAGUACGGGACACUCGGAACACCAGCCACUGGGCAAAUGACGUGGAGCAGCAACAUGAGCAGCGGAUACAGCAGCCUGGAGGAGGACUCGGAGGAAUUUUACUUCACCGCCAGGACCUCCUUCUUCAAGAAACCCCCAGGGAGGGCAGUCCGGGGGCAACAUGAUAUUGAAAAAGAAAAGGAUUCCCUGUCAUACCUCAGUAAGGAAGAAACCAAAGACAAGAUCCAGCUUUACAAUGCAGCAGUUACUGACAAAUUGAAGAUGACCUUGAAUUCCAGUGGAAUUUACACAGGCUUCAUCAAAGUGCAAAUGGAGCUCCGGCGACCUAUCACUGUACGGGGACGUGCACACAGCAAUGGCAACGAAACUGCCUUCUACUUGCCCAAGGGCAGCCUAAACAUACUGCACAUCAGUAGUACAAACACUGUGCGAGAAGUCAUCGAGGCCUUGCUGAAAAAGUUCCUGAUUGCUGACAAUCCUGCCAAAUUUGCACUUUACAAACGUUGUCAGAAGGAAGAUCAAGUUUACAUGUGUAGGUUAUCUGACAGGGAGCACCCUCUGUAUCUCAGACUGGUAGCUGGGCCCAGCCUUGAAUGCCUCAGCUUUGUUUUGCGUGAGCAUGAAACCGGAGAUGUUAUGUGGGAAGCCUUCACACACCCCGAGCUGCAGAACUUCUUGCGCAUAUUAGACAAAGAAGAAGAUGAGCAGUUGCAGAGUUUAAAAAGGUGUUACACAUCAUACAGAGAAAAGCUAGAAGAGGCUUUGAGUGGAGUGCACAAUCCUGGCUAAUACCUGGUCAAUGGAGCUUCUAAUGCAGUCUUCUGUUACAGUAUUGAGCAACAUCGACAAAUGUGGGCAGCUCUGUUCAACAGACUCUAAUGGGGACUUGUCCCUUCAAAGGAGACCGAUCUGAAGGCUAUUAGAAGGUAUAUACUGACAUUCAUCAGGACACUGCAAAUGACCACUACUUGGGUGGUGUCUCUGCAAUAGACAAUCUAAAACUGAAAUCAUUUUUACAUGUUUUUUAUAUUUUAAUUUUCAUGUAAAUUAUUACAGCUUUAAGUCUGCUGAAGUUUCUAAAGACUGUGUUAAAAAGUCAGAAACUGGUAUUUAUAUGAAUUCAUGUUUCUAAAGAGAAUGUUUUUUGUGAAGUUAGGCAAGCAAGGAACCUGAAGAUUCAAAGAAUUGAUGAAGGUUACGAAGCAGGGUAGUUCUGUGGGAUCAGGUAUGUUCAUAUGCUGGGAUGUGAGGCAGACAGCACAACAACAUAUUUUAGGUGGGUGCUGGGAUGUCUUAUUUUAAGAUGGAUUGAGAGUACUGUGCAGAUAUGUAUCUAUGCAGUUUAGGCAAAAUGAUAUGACAAGUUGUUUUCUGCCUAUUCAGCUGCUAAGCCAAUAGUGCAAUGAAUGUUUUAGAUGUUAGAUGCAGAAUGAUGUUAGGAAGGGAACAUUGCAUUGUAUUGCAGACUUCUUGCUGUUCAAUACAGAGAGUGUAACAAAGGAAAAUGUCCGUGAGUUGCUGGGUUUUAGCAUGUAGUGAAGCGAAGGUGUUCUGAAAGGGAAGAAACGACAAUGUGUUUGUAGGGCAGCAGUGUUUAAGUGGAAAGACUUGGAUAAGUGUGUACGUUUCUUGGGAGAGGCGUGGGCUGUGACCACCAUCAUGUCAUUGGACAAGCAGUGGCAGGAUCAGAUGGGCAUAUAGAUCAGCAUGAGUACAAGGAUUGUGCUAAGUUAGAAAUUAUCGCAUGAAAACAUGCAUGCUGGGAGGAAAACCAAAGAAUGAGCAUAUCUGAAUCGGCUAUAUUCCCCCCAACAAUAUAUGAUUUAUUUUGCAAAAUUACAUUUUAUGUUCAAAAAUAAGACUCCAGUGUAAAAGGGGAUUGUUCAACUUUAAUCUUUCUACAGCAGAUUUAGGGUAUAUAUAACUAUUACUGUAGAACUGUGAAUUCUGUCUGACCCCUGGUGGCCACACUUUUGUUUUUAUGCAGAGGAUCAGCGGGGCCUUCAUCUCUUAACAUUUCAGAUCAUUAGGCAUUACUGCUACAGGGAAGUGGGGCAGGUUUUGUGCAGUUUAUUUUUAUAGAAAGAACGUGUUUAUGUACUGUAUUUUUUGGUUUCAAUACUAUUUCGUUUUCUAAAAGUUUCCAGCUGUUGUUGAACUACAGCUCUCCGCAUCUGGAGAACUGACAUGCUGGACAUAGCCAUUAUCAUGGUUUUGAACUGGCAUUUCCACUGGAUUAUUCUAUCGUCAAGAACAGCAUUUGCCAACAGCGCCUUAGCAAUUAAUAGCCAGUCUUUCAUAGACUUCCAGAGGUGCCAGCUGCUUUUAUUAUCUUGAAUGAGAGAAAUGAAUGAUGAUAAUACAGUGCUGUCUGCCUUUCACUACUAUAUCCUGCUUGCCCAUGUGAAUGACAGAUGAAGCUGCCCGUCAUUUAUCAUAUAUGUUCACUAUUCAGCACAUGAAGUUGUAGCUGCAGUAAAAAAAAAAGAUUUCUUUGCUAAAGAAAAUUUGGCUCAGGGAAGGAAGGAUGUUUUUUGUUUUGUUUUUUUGCAUGCCUAAUUCAGUAGUUCAUUUAUUAAGCAGACUGUUUCAACCAAUAUUCUAUAGAAUUAUCAACUGUGAAUUUUUAUUUCAUUUUUUUUUUACUUGAAGUUGACUGUGGCAUAUCCGAUAAUUCAUCAUAAAGCUCAUUAUAUGCACUACUUAUCAUUGGAUGUGGGCAAAUUACUGUAUUAACCUGGUCAUGUACACAGCCCUAGUUUUACAUUUAAACACAAAGCCAUUUUAUUAAUAUGUCCCCCACUUUAACUGAAUGUCUUACCCAUGGUCCUCUGAAGUGAUUCACUAGGUGUGAUGCUUUAUGCAGCAGAAAUUAGCACUGGAAAUGAACUUAAUCUGCACAAGCUGCAAGAUGGAACACACUGGGAAUAUUGGCGACAAGAAUGGAAUUGGGCAUUGGGAAUAACUAGCUAGUAUUUCUCCGUUGCAAUUCAGGUCUUAAAUACUGAAAUGGAAAUUGCGAUGCAAUAUUAUUUCUAAUAUAUACUAUUUGAUGGUACAAGAAAGAAAUGUAAGAUUUUGGAGUGCAUUGAAAGAGCAGUUUUAAUAGUUAUAAUAUUUAUAAUUUUAAAGAGAAGUUUUUCAUUUUUAUUUUUUAUAGGGAAUUGAUUUCCCAGAGUAAGUCUCGGCUCAGUUAUUAUUACAUUUGCAGUUGACAGUACUAUUCAUAUAUUUUGACAAUGUAAUGUUCAUGAUCAGCAUACUUUUUGUUCUAGAAAUACAGUUGUCUUUCAUCUGGUUCCACUCAAAUGAACUGUCAUGUGUUCAAUGAAAUAAAGACUGAAAUCUGCA